AUGGCGACCUCGCCGCCGCGGAGCCCUAACUCAGGCGAUCGGCCCGAGACCGCUGACCUCGCUCUCGCAGCUCCGGCACAGCCCACUCGCAUAUGGAACUCCCUCGUCGCCCGUCUCCCUACGCUACCGAACUCCCUCCUCCUCGUCGCCGCCUCCGAUCUCCUCCGCCGCCUCUUGGCGGUCCGCAGACGCCGCCGCCGCCGCCGCCGCCCUUCUCUCCCACUCCCCAUCUACGAUGACGCCGCAAGCUCCGCCCGGUAUGGGCCCCUGUUUAGGCUGGGCCCUAGGCCGUCGCACUCUUCGCCAUGGCCCAGGGCCGGCCCUGCCAAAGCUUUUGCCAUCUUAGAAGAUAUCGUGCAGCAUACUUUAUCUGAUUUGCAUAGCAUUCAGAAGAGCUUACUUUAUUGGAAGUCCAAAGCUGAGGGAACAAACUCACAUAAAAUGUACUUUAUGAUGUUUGAAAGAGGUCCAAGGGCCUUCCUUGAAGCAACAUGUCAAACACUAACUAGACUCAGGAGCAAUGGGAGUCCAUCCGAGUACCUUUUAGGCUCUGCAUCUGAUAUAGUCUCAGUAAAACUUGCUGUCCUGACGAAUAUGCAACAUCGAUUGGCUGCUUUUCUGGCUGAGGUUUACUCUGAAGUUGAUAAAUGCAGAGAAGGAUUAACUGAAAGUUCAGAUAAAUCACUACAUACACUAUUUGUUAUUUUGAACACCGUCUUCCCCAAAUUGGAGGUAUCUCUUACAAAUGCUAGUGAGGGGCAAACUCUACCAUUCACUCAUGACGAAAACUCAUCUCAACUUAUCUUCGAAAGAUUGCCAGAGGUUGAUGUUGAGAGUCCACAAUGGAGUGAGGCCUUAGCAACAGAUGCUAUUAGUCUGAUCUAUGAAAACCUCCAGAAGCUAGAUAGUUUUGUUUCCUCUCAGCUUUCAAGUCAUAAAAAGCCAAGAAAUAUGACCAUAUACUGGUUACCCUACACGUGUGGAGCAAUUGGCCUCUCUGCAUGUUCCCUAUGGCUUUUGCGCCAUAGUAGCUUGAUGGGAAGUUCUGACAUGGACAACUGGAUUCAAGAUGCUAAGGAGUCAGUUGCUGGAUUCUGGGAUGAACAUGUUGAGAGACCAAUCAUUUCCAUUAGAGAUGAGCUAUUCGAGACAUUCAAGCGAACAGAUAAACGUGUAAUGGAAAGGGAAGAGGUCCAACUAACCGAAGAAUCAUUGCACAGGAUGUUAAUUACCUUUUGUGAGCAAACUUCAAAGGAAAAACCAGCACAAGAUGCAUCAUUGCAGGAGUUGCUGGAGAUUGUCAUGAAAAGAUAUGAGAAGGAAUCGAUGCAUCCAAUUCAGAAUCUGUUCAGUGGAGAAUUAGCACGAGCCAUGCUUAUUCAGGUUCAGAAGCUAAAACUGGAUCUUCAGGAGGCAAUGCUGGAACUGGAUCAGAUUCUCAAGGCAAAUGAGAUAAACUUUGCUAUUCUUGCAGCUCUGCCUGCAUUUGGUCUUCUGCUUCUCCUGCUGUUUUUAGUGCGAGCAUGGGCUAUGCAUGACCAAGGUGCAGAGGGAAGAGGAAGGAUUGCACGUCAUCAGCGGUGGCAGCUACUCAUAGAAGUAGAGCGAAGACUUAAAGAGUUGAAGAAAUGCAUGAUUAAUGAGAUGGACGAGGAGGCGAGCUGUAAAUUCGGAUUGACUCUCUACACCCUUGAUAGAUUAUACAAAGCUGUUGAGGUGCAUGCGAAGGAAACAGGCGAGUGGUCAAGCUUGAGAGAUGACAUGUUUAAUCUGGCAAAGCCUAAUGUCGGAGUGGCGGACAAGCUGGAUGUUCUUAAAGGGCUCAAGUGGAACUACGCCUGCUUACGUCCAUCGCUGUCAUGA